AUGCAUGCCCGCUGUGCCAGAUGUCUUCUUUUUUUCUUCACGGCCUUCAAAGUUACGACUAGUCUUGCCAGCGCAAAUGAUGAAGACCACAGUGAUGAAGCUGUCGUCUACACAAAAUUAGGCAUUAUUCGAGGCAUACAACAAAACUUACAAUGUUUGCAGAGAUUUGAGGAUACUUACGUAAAUGCUUAUCUGGGAAUACCGUUCGCGCAACCACCACUUGGUCGUAGAAGAUUUGCUUUACCUGAGAUGAUUGAACCAUGGCAAGGUGAACUAGAAGCUCGAAAGCUUGCUAAAACGUGCUAUAUCACUCCUGAUAGUCAAUUCCCGCAGUUUCCAGGAGCUGAAAUGUGGAAUCCACCCAAUGUAUAUGAUGAGGACUGCUUGGCACUCAAUAUGUGGGUACCUCACAAGCAUGACGGAAAGGUUAUGGUAUGGAUUUACGGCGGCGGGUUUUAUUCUGGUUCACCAUCGUUAGAUCUGUAUGAUGGUAGAGUGCUUGCAAGUCGACAAAAAACUAUUGUUAUUAAUAUCAAUUAUAGACUGGGACCAUUUGGUUUCUUGUACUUUGGUGAUGGGUCACCUAUACCUGGAAAUAUGGGAUUAAUGGAUCAGCAACUUGCUUUACAGUGGAUUUAUGAAAAUAUUGAUUCAUUUGGAGAGAGUGCAGGAGCAGCAUCAGUAACUGCUCAUUUUUUCGCUCCUGGAAGCUUUCGUUACUUCCAUAAGGCCGUACUAAUGAGUGGUACAAUAGCAAACUCCUGGGCUACGAAAGAAAAAAAUAUGGCCAUUGAAACAUCUAUGUUUUUGGCAAAAAAACUAAAUUGCACAUCUGAGAAUGACCCCAAUCCUGAUAUUAACCUAAUCACACAUUGUAUUCGCCAAGCACCUGCCGCGACAAUACAAAGAGCUGCAGAUGCAGUUGGCGUGGAUCAAAUACUACCAAUGACCUUUCCAUUUGUGCCUGUCGAAGAAGACGAACAUUUUUUCAAGGGUAAUUUAAUAACGAAAAUGAAAAUGCGAAAUUUCAAAAGAGAUAUGAGUGUACUGGUGGGAUCAAUGAAAGAUGAGGGCACAUACUGGCUGCCUUAUUAUCUUCUCAGUCCUAAAACAGGCUUCCAGUUCAAUCAUACCAUAUCUGCUGAUGACCCCAGCAAUCGAGCUCUGAUAAACCGAGCACAAUAUACACGUUCUUUGCAGUCAUUUGCUCCAUACUUCGGUGAUUCUCAGCUAGUAAAGCAUGCACUGCUGCAUGCAUAUGAGGAGGUAUCAGAAAGCACUGACCCUCAUGAAAGAUUACGUGAUGGCGUUGCACGUUUUGUUGGUGAUUUUUUUUUCACGUGCAGUUUGAUUAAGUUUGCUGAUAUUCUAGCAGACAAUAUUUAUGGAUCUGUUUAUAUGUAUUACUUCACAAAAAGAUCAUCAGCGAAUCCUUGGCCAAAGUGGAUGGGUGUUAUGCAUGGCUAUGAAAUAGAAUAUGUUUUUGGACAGCCUUUCAGACACAGUCACCUUUAUGCACAUACCCAACUUGCCUCGGAACAGCGUUUCUCAGAAGCAAUCAUGAAGUAUUGGGCUACUUUCGCUUCCGAAGGAGCACCAAAUCCUCAAUGGCCCAAAUAUAAUAAAGUAACGCGUAAAGCAUUCGUACUAGAUGACGAAAUAACGGGUACCAGUCACCGAAUCGAUGUUGAUGUACACGGCAAAUUUUGUCGUUUACUUUCAGAAGCCCAAGCUGUUCUCAAUCCCGGUUGGUUUAUUCAGAGAGGAUAUCUGCAUAACUCAGCAAUAAGAGUAGAAGAGAAUGUUGCAACAAAAUAUUCUACGCAAUGA